CAUCGAUGAGCUCCCGCUUACGUCGAUCCUAACAGCCUGGUCACCGGGCCCCCUGUUGUCUUGUUGACUGUAAAAAUCUUCUCGUUUUAUCACGUCGCGUUUUUGCGUAGGUGUGUUGGAAUGGUUCAGUCCAAGGUGCGCACACCUUUGAGACUGGGCAUCUUUUCUGUCAUGCGUAAGCGUCACUCCGCUCUUUCCACACAGUCAGGGAUCCUCCCUGGACAGAAUGCGUUCUAAACGGACCCACAAGGUAAUUGCGAUGCCCAUCGUUUGUGAAACACAAAGCGACUGAGUAAAUAGACGUCGUGAUCAACAAGCAUAUUCGCGCAGUAAUGUAAAGAUGGCGAGACUGCUUCACAACUUGCUGUUGUUGACAGUCGGACUUACGAUGAAAAUCAGACUUGUGGGAUACUGGUCCCUCGUAUACGGUUACUGCGCGCUAUGCACGGUCGUAGCGCUGCUCAAACUUGGAUGGAAUAUCAUAUUACGACCGUCAACAACCUUUCAGUGGACGAUUCGUGAGACACCCCCUGCGUGCCUGAAUGACACGUCCUUGGGAACCCACUGUUAUGUUAGGAUCAAGGAGUCUGGACUAAGAUUCCACUAUGUUGCUGCUGGGGAAAGAGGAAAGCCACUUAUGCUGUUUCUGCAUGGAUUCCCUGAAUUUUGGUUUUCUUGGCGUCACCAGCUGAGGGAAUUUAAGAGUGAAUUUCGUGUUGUUGCCGUGGAUAUGCGAGGCUAUGGGGAGUCUGACCUCCCCUCCUCCACUGAGAGCUACCGACCGGACUACCUUGUGACUGACAUCAAGGACAUUGUGGAGUAUCUGGGAUACAACAGAUGUUUUCUUGUGGGCCAUGACUGGGGUGGCAUCAUCGCCUGGCUCUGUGCGAUUCAUUAUCCUGAAAUGGUGACAAAACUCAUUGUGCUGAACAGCCCUCAUCCCUGUGUGUUUACUGAUUAUGCCCUUCGCCACCCUAGUCAGAUGCUCAAGUCAAGUUACUACUUUUUCUUCCAGUUGCCACAUUUUCCAGAGCUUAUGCUCUCCAUCAAUGAUUUUAAGGCACUCAAGAGUCUAUUCACCAGUCGCAGCACAGGUCUCAGUUGUAAGGGACGCUGGCUCACCAGCGAAGACCUUGAAGCCUACCUGUAUGCCCUCUCCCAGCCGGGAGCCCUCACUGGGGCCCUAAACUAUUUCAGAAAUGUCUUUAGUGUUCUUCCAUUGAGCUGGAGUGAGGUGAAAUCUCCUGUUUUGCUGUUAUGGGGAGAGAGAGAUGCCUUUUUGGAGCAAGACAUGGCUGAGGCCUGCCGUCUGUACAUCAGAAACCAUUUCCGCCUCAACAUCAUCUCUGGAGCCAGCCACUGGCUUCAGCAAGACCAGCCUGACAUUGUCAAUACACUCAUAUGGACUUUCAUUAAAGAGGGAGAGGGCCGAAAAAACUACAGGAACUUAUAACAGGAGGGGAGACCAUGGAUAUGCCUGUGAACAAACCAGUGUAAUGGUUAUUACAAUCAUCAUUUAAAAUUGAAUACAUCUCAGACAUAGAAACAAACCAGACUUUAGUGAAGCAGAAAUAGAACAAAAGCACAUUUUAAUUGGCAGGGGUUACUUGGACAUCAGUGUGAUUUUGAUCCAUUUUUCUCAAGUUUGCACAUAGAAUUCGCCUUAAAGAUGAUUGGUGACAGUAUUUAAAAGUGUGUUGCAAAAUCUCUGUAAGUUAUAUUGUGUGGUGCCUUUUGAGAUACCAUUUUGCAAGGUAAAAAAUGUGCCAUGUCUUUUUGAAACUGAGCUAUGGGGUUGUCACUCAUCGGAUUUUCUCUUCUCUACUCUACUCUAUACACACUGUUAUGGUCCUAAAAUCGCAUGCACCUUUAUCAGGUGUUGUCUUAGUGAUUUUCUUUCGUUUUUUGUAUUUUUGACGAUUCUUGGCUUCAACAUUUGUGAAUGUUAUUAUUUGAAUCCUCCUGUAUGAUAAAACAAAGUGAUGUUUUAAUAUUGUACACUUUUUGUAUUUAUUCCUAAACGCUGCAUCUUACAACGUAUAGAACCAGCUCUGUACCAUUUUGAUUUUAUAAGCAAAUAAAUGAUAG